AUUUCGGUUGGAUUUUUCUCCCACUUUUCUCCUUCCGAGUUUUGCCCGUCUUCUUUGUUCUCUUCUCACGUGUCCACAGUUACAGACGACAAGAACAAGGGAAAGGAGGAGGAGGAAAAACAAAAUCGUCUUUUUGGGAAGUGCCACACUCCCUCUGGCGCUAAAAUGCAAAAUGUUAUCAAAGCCCCUCCCCCUCUUAGAUGUUUUUCACUCCUUUAUCGGGUGAGUAGGGUUGGGAUCGAAGCGGCUGUUGCGCUUUGAUACAACACCGCUAGGGUGUCAACCCUGACGCACGGCAACGUCCUUGACGCGUCGUAUGCCCAAUCCCCAAGUCUCUCUAGUUAUCAACUAAAGGCGUUGGCCGUCUGCUUUAAGGACGGGAAGAAGGUAAACGCAACCGCACUAUCCGAAAACUGUACAUUGGUGGCAUUUGACGUCAGCUAUUUUGCACAUUCCGAAACUUCCAUUUUUGUUCGUGUCUUUCGAUACUAUGUGGAAAACUGAGUUCUACCGACCUGAGCUGCUAGGAAUAGGUAAAUCUGCCGGCGUUUAUCGAGGAAAGUGUAAUAGUAAAGAUUGCGCAGUGAAAAGAGUUCAACGAGAAAAAGUCAAAGAAUGCGAAGAAAAGGUUAUGGAAAAUUUGAAAGGUCAUCCAAACAUCGUCGAGCUUCUCUACUGUGGAACAGUAAGAGAAUUCGUUCACUACGUAUUGGAAUUGUGUGCCGCCUCAUUAGAAAAGCUGUUCCUGAAACCGGAUGACCCGGAACGAUACAAAGGACCGCCCAUGCCACAUGAUCUCCACAUUUUCCAUCAAUUAGCUUUAGGUCUCGAGUACAUCCAUUCGAAGAACUUAAUUCAUCGAGACAUUAAACCGGAAAACAUCCUUAUCUCGGUGCGAGGCGCCGGCCAAGACGCCGAGAUAACAAUCAAGUGGGCAGACUUUGGGCUGUCCAGAGAAGUGAAUAAAGGGGGAAGCUUCUCGACCAACGGUGGAGUCGUAGGAACUGAAGGCUGGGAAGCUCCCGAAAUACUGAGGUUACGAUACGAGGAAAACCAAAAACCUCGAGGCACUGUCAAGAGCGAUAUCUUUGCACUAGGCCUCGUCUUUGGAUAUCUGUUUUUGAAAGGCAAACAUCUUUAUGGUUUGAAUACCGACCCGAUGGGCAUCAUAAACAACAUACUCGAAAGAAAUCCAAUUCCAAACUUAACAAGAACAAUAAAAACCAAAAAACCUAAACUAACCUCUACCUUGAUUUAUAGACGAUUCAUACGAAUUCAACGAUUCAUGUCCUCUUUGUCAACCUUUGUUUACAAAGAGGACCAAAUUAAAUAGUUUACAAAGAGGACAUCAUGUAUUACCUACUACUACGUAGUAGUAGUAGUAGUAGUAACGGCCUACGGCCGUAGGAAUUUAUUUAACGUCUCUACUACUACUACGUAGUAGUAGUAACGGCCUACGGCCGUAGGAAUUCAUUUAACGUCUCUACUACUACUACGUAGUAAUAGUACGGCCUACGGCCGUAGGAAUUCAUGUCCGCUUUGUAAACAAAGGUUGGCUUACUAGAAAAAAUGUUACAAAACGAUCCUGACCAAAGGAUAACAUCGACAGAAGUCGUCGAAAAACUAAAGUCAAUAAAUGAAAACGAACAAUCAACUGGACAAAUGCCAAUUCCUUCUAAUCAACUUCCCAAGAACGAAAAAGCGAAGACAAUGCGCAAACAUAAAUGGAAAAUCCUUACAUUGUGUCGAUACACGUCAGAUUCAACCUUAAUAGACAAAAUUCAACGUUGCAUACAAGAGAAACAAGAUUUGACGGACAAGGACGCAUUUGGAUGGAACGGGCUCCAUUUACUGUGUCGAUACAACUCUGGCGAAUACCUCAUCGACGCACUCAAAAUCUUGUUCGAGUCUGGAAUCGACGUGAAUGUGCCGACUGACGGUGGAUGGAAUGCGCUCCAUUGUUUGUGUUCUAACAAUUCAAUAACCUCAAGUUUGAACGAAGCAAUGCAACUAUUGAUCUUUUCCGGAAUUGAAGUCAACGCGACGCGGAACAACGGUUGGAACGCGCUCCAUAUUUUGUGUCGGUACAGAUCAAGCCAAUCUUUAAUGGACGAAAUCCAAGUUUUAUAGUCCAUUACGGAAUUGACGUGAAGACAACAAACACUCGUGGAUGUAAUGCGCUCCAUUAUUUGUGUUCAUACAAUUCAAGUACAAGCUUGAUCCACGCUCUUCAACGCUUAAUCAAACUCGGAAUCGAUGUUAACGCAAAAGACAAAUAUGGAUCUAAUGCGCUCAGUUGUUUGUGUCAGAACAGUUCAAGUUCUAACUUGGCUGGCGCAAUUCAAUGCUUGAUAACAAAUGGAAUAGACGUGAACGCAAAGGACAGUGAUGGAUACGUUGCGCUCCAUUAUUUGCGUAAGCUCAAUUCAAGAAAACCGAGCCAACACUUACAGGACGCAAUACAAAUCACAGAGGAUGCAACAACGGCCCAACUAGACGGGCAAAAUGAAGAUUGACAACCAGACUGACCAGAGCGUAAAGAAGGUGGAAUAAUCUGACCUGAAAAUCUGGCUGAAUAAUUCCAAUAGUCGUGACAUCUCUCGCUGCUGUCCUCUGAUUCGGUUCCCAAAUCUUGGUAAUAGGGAUGCUCUAUUGCUUGGUCUAGUAGUAGGGUUUUCUUCACUGAAUCAUAAGCAAUGCACCGCGAUUAUUAUUGGUUAUUAUAAAUCAUAGAUCUAUGCCUUGGUUCAUUCUGAUACCUUCGGAUAUAUCGAUUUUCUAUUCACAACCACUUCACAUGGUUGCUGCGAUGAUGAGUAAACUCUGUGUUAAACUG